CUGAUUACUAAAUAUACAAAAAAGGAAUAUUUCACGUUCAAUUGAUACUCUACUCGUAUACAGUAUCGAACAGCAGGUUGAAGAGUUAGGUUGUGACCAAUAAUUUUGUUGAACAGAAAAUUACUGUAAGAUGGCUCAGCUACCGGUGUAUAAUCCUCCAUCACCUUUCCUUGGAUUUCUACCAGCCGGAUUAGGCUUGUACCGGAAAGUUAUAAUCCGUGGAAAAAUGAAGGAUGACCAGUUUAACAUUAACUUCCAGUCCGGCCCGAAUACGGACCCGCGCGAUGACUGCCCGCUGCACAUCAGCAUUCGUCCGCGUGACAAGGUGAUCGUCCGGAACACCUACCAGUUCCGCAGCUGGGGCAUCGAGGAGCGACAUGGUGGUUGUCCGAUCCAGAAAAGGGGUUACUUCGAUGUGCAGAUUACGGUCAAGCCGGACUCCUACAGUAUUGCCAUCAAUGGUUGUCAGUAUUGCGAGUUCGCCCAUCGGCAACCGUACGCUUCGGUGCGGUUCAUCCAUAUCAGCGAGGGAGCUCAAGUGGACGCCAUGAUUACCGAGUAGCGUUGCAAAACGGACGCGUGAAGAUAAGCGCAAAUGAAUUUGAUAAAGAUUGAUUGAACGAGGAAAGCCGCAAAGGAAGGUGCAACAAUUAGUGCUUUCUACUGAUUGGAAAUCAUUCUGUUUUAUAUAAUAAUUGCACAUCAAAUUUCGGAUACGGUUAUAACGACAUGUUUUUGGCACGUAAGCUUUAAAUGAUUUAUUUUUUCUUAAGUAUUCGAGACUGUUGAUCACGGAAGACAUUUCUAUAUAUAUAUUUAUGUAAGUGAAUACCUUUUUCAAAGACUUGUUCAACAGAAUCAGUAAACUUUUUAGAGAAAGAAAAAACACUGUUGAG